GUCCUACCAUUGUAAUCAACUUAUGCAUCAGUUUUCAACCUUGGUUGAAGCAGAACUUUAUGCUAUGAAUGGCCUUACCCAUCAUAGACACUUGAAUCAUACUUGUAUGCUAAGAUGAUCACUUACGAUAGUGUAAUGACGGGACGUGUCAUUGUUUUUAUGCUUCCCGUCAUUUGACCCACUGUCUUUCCUGCUCUACCAUUUUUAUGAUAUGUUGGCAGGAGAUAAACUAUUCUAAGAACUUGUCAGUGCCACAAACAGGUUUUGUGAGAAUAUUCAAACUGUGGCUGAAACAGGGAAGAGUUAUUUCUUUCUGCUUUAUGGGAUAAAGUCGUCAUUUCAUCAGGCACUCACCAUCUACCAACAUGGUCAGCAUUUUGAGACCGAUUGAGGCCUGUGCCAUAACUUUAUUACUGUUGGGGACCCUUCUGGUACUUCUUUAUUUCAAUGAGCCACAAAACAUCUCAACACCUCAAUCACGAACACGAUCAGCAUACGACCAGCACAACCAAGACCAGAGACCUGCAUAUUUAAAAGAAGAAGAUCGCAACGCCUCACACAAAACUUCCCCAUUGUCAAAUUGGCAAUUGGAAAGGUGGAGGGUGUCACAARACCUAACAMUAAGAUGUGAACGAAACACAAUGUUUGAAAACGUCUCUGGCUUUGAUUCCUUUUCCCCUAUGAUUCAAGACUUUCUUUACUAUYGUCACUGUCGUAGUUUCCCCAUWAUUCUGGACCUUCCUGACAAAUGUGGAGGAGAUGAUGAGCCUGAAGACAUCUUUCUUUUGCUCGUUAUUAAAAGUUCCCCAAAGAACUAUGAGCGGAGAGAGGUCCUGCGCAAGACCUGGGCUGCAGAGAGGUCAUAUAAGGGAAAGGUGAUUCGAAGAAUCUUUAUUGUGGGAACUGACGGUUCAGGUUUCGAGAAGGAGAAAUUGRACAAACUUGUCAUGUGGGAGCACCAACAUUACAAUGACAUCCUGCAAUGGGAUUUUAAGGAWUCCUUUUUCAACCUCACUUUGAAGCAGAUACUCUUCCUUGAGUGGAUGGACAGACGUUGUCCACAGGCUCGAUUUCUACUGAAUGGUGAUGAUGAUGUUUUUGCWCACACUGACAACAUGGUGGAAUACCUUCAAAGUCUUAAAGACAAUAAUGGACAUAAGCACCUUUUUACUGGCGAUCUGUUKAAAGGAGCGAUUCCUAAAAGAAACMCAMAGAGUAAGUACUUUGUUCCGUCACAGGUGUACGAAAAAAARRUUUACCCACMSUACUGUGGAGGUGGGGGAUACCUUCUGUCAGGCUAUACAGCUUUGGUCAUUUACAAAAUAWCUGCGAUGGUCCAAAUUYUUCCUAUUGAUGAUGUUUACAUGGGAAUGUGUUUGGCUGCACUGAAACUUAAACCUGMCUCUCACAUKGGUGUGAAAACACUACAAUGGCACAUUCCCUCCAGACAAGUUGAUAAAUAUGACCCCUGUUWCCUCAAGGAUUUAMUUUUGCUUCACAAAUUCUCGCCCAGUGAUCUAUAUUUCUUGUGGCAAGAARUACGCAACCCAAAAMUYCCAUGUAGUGAUAAAACAUGAAAAACAGUUGAGCCGAAAUAAACUCAAAUGAACCGUCUGAACAAGACCUGGGUCAAAAAAAUUAUUUAAGUAACUGGUUAGUUAGGCAGGUAGUAACACAUUAUAGCCCGUUAUUUUUGACCAUAGUGAUAGAGUUAGGUACUUGCAGUAGUUAUUUAGUAAGUAAGCUAGCUGCCGAUACUAAUAAACUUAUUUUUGCAGCUAUACCAUAUCACUUGUUGGGCAGGGAUUUUAAUGCUUUUAUACUAGAUUUGAUUAGUWAAUUACAGAAAAAAAAMACAGUAAAAAAUWACAACACUSAAACACUGAAAUCUAAACAUAUGCCAUGUGAACUAGUGUUUAAAUGAGCAUCAGAUUUCUGAAUGCAAGUGAACACAACAUAAUAAUCUGUGAGCUAUGCUGUAGGUUUUUUUUGUAAUAUCAAUAUGUAACUUAAUAAAACUGCUAUGCAAUGUUGUUUAUGAAAUUCUCUCAUUUUUUUGUUAUUGUUUCACCUCUUUCCCUCCUGUUGGAAUGUUACAAUAAUUAGUCAAUGUAACUCAUAGUCUAAUUGUAAAAGAAAURUUACCUGUUAAUUCUCAUGGAACCUGUUUUUAUGGUGGUUAGGGUUACAUGUGUUGAGAUAAUAAAUGUUUCUUGUAAACUUAA